UCUUGCUUUACUUUAAUUUGCUCUCUCUACACUCUACCUAUUUCUUUAACCCUCUGCAUAUAAAUAUCUCUGCCAAGUUGCUAACUCUCAUAACCUUCAGGAGCAACAGGAAAGAAAUCAAGAUUUAAUAAUAGCAACAGGAAUUUAAAGAUGCUAUCAACAGAGAGCUCCCAAAAGUACCCGACCAUGCCAGAGGUGGUGGGCGAACUAAAGAAAAUGACAGACUUAGGCUUCCCAAUAGCAGCCAUGAGCUUGGUGGGUUAUCUCAAAAACAUGAUCUUAGUUGUGUGCAUGGGAAAGCUAGGAAGUCUGGAGCUCGCCGGCGGUGCCUUAGCUAUCGGUUUCACCAACAUCACAGGCUACUCAGUACUAUCAGGCUUGGCCAUGGGGAUGGAGCCACUUUGCAGCCAAGCUUUUGGUUCGAGGAAUCUGUCAGUGGCAUCUCUAACUCUACAAAGAACAAUUGUGAUGCUGCUCCUAGCUUCCUUACCUAUUGGCUUGCUGUGGGUGAACCUUGAACCUCUCAUGCUUGCCCUCCAUCAAGAUCCUGAUAUAACCCGAAUUGCAAGUUUAUAUUGCCGUUUUUCCAUCCCAGAUCUUAUUGCUAAUGGCCUGCUGCAUCCUCUACGCAUAUAUUUACGUAGUAAAGGGACUACAUGGCCAUUAAUGUGGUGCACUUUGAUUUCCAUUGUUCUACACCUCCCUAUCACCAUAUUCCUAGCUUUCACUCUUCAGCAUGGGGUGCCUGGAAUUGCAAUUUCCACUUGUAUCUCUAAUUUUAACACCCUUUUAUUCCUAUUAUGUUACAUGUAUUUCACUCGUGUCCCUGAGGAGCCUUUAUACACGCCACUAUCGCCACCACCACAGCCAUCACAGCCAUCACAGCCGCCAUAUUCGACUUCUUUUUCACUAGGAAGGGAAUGGGGAAUUCUACUUCGACUGGCUAUACCAAGUUGUUUGGCUGUUUGUUUAGAGUGGUGGUGGUAUGAGUUCAUGACAAUUCUAGCAGGAUACUUAUCAAAACCUCGUGUGGCCCUGGCGACGUCGGCUAUAGUAAUCCAAACCACAUCUCUCAUGUACACAUUGCCUACAGCACUAAGUGCAUCAGUGUCAACCCGAGUAGGCAACGAACUGGGAGCUGGCAGACCAGGAAAGGCGCGUUUGGCGACGGCAGUUGCAAUAGGACUAGCGCUAUUGAGCUCAUUAUUUGGGCUGGUACUGACGACAGCAGGAAAAGAAGCAUGGGGGAGGGUUUUUACAGAGGAUGAAGAAGUUCUUGAGCUAAGUAUGAUUGUACUGCCGAUAAUUGGAUUAUGUGAGCUAGCAAAUUGUCCACAGACCACAAGUUGUGGGAUUUUAAGAGGAAGUGCUAGGCCAGGUAUUGGGGCAGGGAUCAACUUUUACUCAUUUUACUUGGUGGGCGCACCAGUGGCUAUAGUCUUAGGCUUUGUUUGGAAACUAGGGUUCGUGGGUCUAUGUUAUGGACUUCUGGCGGCUCAAAUUGCAUGUGUAGUCUCAAUCUUAAUGGUGGUAUACAAGACAGAUUGGGAAAGAGAGUCCUUAAAGGCCAAACACUUGGUAGGCAAGGCCAGUGACCAAUUAGCCCAUGUAAAUCAAACACUCAAAUCUGAUGAUGAAGAAUUCCAAGGGGUAGGGUUUCUCGGAUUAAAGAUAGAAUAUGGAGUGGUUGAUUUUGAAAAGUGAGAAAGGAAGAAAUUUUGUUGGUCGGAAUUGAGACUCCAAUUCAAAAUCUUAUAAUUCUGUAAACCAUUUAAUUACAACAUUAAGAGGACAAAAAUUCAAACCUCGCUUUCUUUCUUCAUUAAUUAUUUCUUCAAGUGAUACUCUAA